CAUGUGCGGACCAAAAGCGUGAAAAUGCGCCUCGGCAGUGCUUGGCUGGCACUCAGCCUGCUUUUGCACCUGGAACUCGGGCAGGCGGCCAAUAUUUUGACCGUAUUCCCGUACCGCCUCCCCUCUCCAUUCCAGAUGGUACGUCCUUUGGUUCGGGCAUUAGUCGACCGGGGUCACAAGGUCACCAUGGUUAGUCCUGCGGGAUUACCCGCCGACAUUCAGGGAGUUCGUCACAUUCGAGUUCCAAUGCUGAAUAAGAACAUGCAGGAUUUUCUAGACAACGAAAAUCUUCUUGAGUUUUUUGGAAGCAAAUGGCAGGAGGGAAUAAUGACCGCCAAAGCUUUGUACGAUGUAUCAUACGCCAUUCUGAGUGCCGAUGGAGUGAAGAAGAUAAUGCAGGACAAGUCUGAACGAUUCGAUAUGAUAAUGAUGGAGGCCAGUCACCUGGAUGCCCUAUAUGGCCUGGCAGAGUUCUAUAAUGCCACGCUGGUUGGAGUUGCCUGUAUGAAUGCUAACUGGAAUGUCGACUAUUUGGCUGGAAAUUCCGCUCCGAGUGUGUUUGAACCAAUUUCCCCCAUGGGAUACGCUCUCGACGACUCGUUGAUCAGCCGGUGGCAUAAUUGGAUCUACAUAACCGAGGAGAAACUCCUUGAGAACCUCGUGUAUCGACCCGCUCAAGCUAGGGUCUUCAAGAAGUUCUUCGGCUAUUCUGCUGAAAAAAUGGUUCAGCUGCGGAAAAGGUUCUCGGUCAUCCUGGUUAACAGCCACUUUAGCAUGGGAGGAGUGCGAGCGAAUGUACCCAACAUCAUCGAGGUGGGUGGAUUGCAUCUAAGCGAACCUUCAGAACCUUGUAGUGCCGAAUUGAAGAGGUUUUUGGACGAGGCGGAACACGGUGUGAUAUACCUUUCAAUGGGACAGGAUGUGUUAGUGAAAUAUCUGCCAGACAAUAUGCAGAAACCAUUGCUAGAGGCUUUUGCACGACUAAAACAACGAGUGGUUUGGAGGAGCGAGCUUUCCCUGGGCGCCAACAAAUCGGAGAAGUUCUUUAUAAUCGAGAAUGCCCCUCAGCGCCAGUUACUGUCCCAUCCAAAUGUGCGUCUCUUCAUUACUCACGGUGGAAAACUAAGCGUGAUGGAGGCUAUUGACAGUGGUGUUCCAAUGCUGGGACUUCCACUUUUCUAUGAUCAGUUUCCCAGUUUACAUCGGGCGCAUUUGACCGGAACGACUGAAGUAUUGGAUGCAAACGCCUUAGACGCAGAUAUUCUGACAAAAACUAUCAAGAAGAUACUGGGAAACCCUAGGUAUGCUAUAAAAGCAAAGGAAAUGUCAAAGACCUUCAGAGAUAGACCAAUGAGUCCAUUAGAAACUGCCAUUUGGUGGACAGAAUACGCCUUAAGACAUCCAAAUACAGAGCACAUGCGACUCAAUGAGGAGGAGAUUCCAAUAAUUCGGUACUAUAGACUGGACAGCAUCUUCACUUUUGGAAUUCGGGUUGGUUCCGUCCUUGGAACGAUAAUCUUUUUGGGAUGGCGGUUGUAUCAGAUACAUCGGACAAGGCAGAGACGACUCCUGGAAAAACAGAGGAUGCUCAUGCAGAUACAAUUGCAGAUUAAUAUGUAUGACUAUCAGACUUUUAGUACGCUUUAAUUUCAAUUACAGUAAUUAUGUUACAGACAGAUAGCAGAACUUUUUAACUCAUAAAACGGCAACACUAAUUUGAGUUUACCAGUUCUCGCAAAUACCAGUUUUGACAUACUCGAUCCCUUUGGAGAAAAAUUAAGGAAAUUUAAGCACCUUAAAAGUGUGGU